GCGUGGAGCAGUCCAGGAUGUGUCCAGGAUCAAAGCCUCUGGUCUGAAGCUGAGGUUCUGCACCAACGAAACCCAAGCAACGCGGGAGAAGUUUGUGAAGAAGCUCCAGGGCCUGGGCUUUGACAUCUCCGUGGGCGAGGUGACCGCCCCGGCCCCUGCAGCCUGCCGCCUUUUGAAGGGACGUGGCCUGAGGCCUCACCUGCUCGUGCACGACGAUCUUGUCCCUGAAUUUGCAGAGAUUGAUAAAACAAACCCAAACUGUGUCGUUAUCGGAGACGCAGCAGAAAACUUCACCUAUGCCAACCUGAACAAGGCUUUCCAAGUUCUCAUUGGGAUGGAGAAGCCUGUUCUGAUCGCCCUUGGAAGAGGACGCUACUAUAAAGAAACCGAUGGUCUGAAACUUGAUGUUGGAGCAUAUAUGAAGGCAUUAGAGUAUGCUUGUGAUGUUCAAGCUGAGGUAGUGGGAAAACCAUCAAAGAUGUUUUUUGAGUCAGCCUUAGCAGAAAUGGGAGUUCCACCAGACCAGGCCAUCAUGAUUGGGGAUGAUAUUGAGAAUGAUGUUGGAGGGGCCCAGCAGUGUGGGAUGAGAGCUCUGCAGGUUCGGACAGGGAAGUACAG